AAGUUACGGCUUAAACUCAGGAGGAGUUUGUUAAUUUAAUCAGUCAUAGGAUAUCAAGGACAUAUCAGCAGCUGCUAGCGUCACUCCGGAGGUCAUUUUUACAGUAUUUAGCCUCGCCUACUAAUAGUAAGUUACUAUGGCUGCUAAAGUGAUCAAAGUAGUUUGCCACAUCUUAAAUUAUGUUUCCAGCAGACGCAGACAUCUUGUGAUAGCAGUUAGCAGUUAGCGAUAGCAACUGUGUAGCUUGCUUAGUAGGCCAGACUGUUGAGUUUCCAGCACCUGGUGGUCUUGAGCUCACCUUUCACUAGCAAACAUAUUUAGUUGUGCUAGGAAGUUUAAAGCAGCAGUAUUUAUUACUAACGCAUAAAUUAUUAUGUGUAUGAUUUUAGGAUGUCUUAAAGCAGAAGCUUUCAACCAAGGGUACCGGGCCCUAUAGGAAGACGAAUUAAAAAUAUUAAAAAUAAGACAAAAAUAUUAUGUUAGAAUGAGGUAAAAUAAAUACGUUUGUUCCCUAAAUUUCAGAAAUUCUAAAUGUAAUUAUUUAAAUUUGUAACUAGGUCUAGUUACUUAUUAUGUGUAUGAACACUAUCCCAAUUUCUGUAAAUUGGCAUUGAAUAUUUGAAAGGUUGAGAAUCACAAUGGGUGUCACUUCAGAACAUUUACUCUCCUGGAAAAGGAGUGUCAGAUAAUUGGGACAUACAAAAAAAUGAAUUGCAACUGUCAUAUCCAUAUUUACUGGGUCUCGAGGAAUUUUAAACAAUCUGUUGAACGACAUUUAUGUGUAUAGAGAGAGAGAGAGAGUUGUUUUUGUUUUCUGCGCAUGUGUCUGAUCUUUCUCAUGUACUUUAGCCCAACCUGUUUUAGUUAAACGCUUGUUAGUUCCACUGGGGCUGAAACCAGGUUGUAAUUGCUGUUGGUGAUUCACUGCUGCAUGUACAUAACAGACAGAGCGAGGGAAUGAUCUCACUUUUUGACCACAACAAACACAGAUACAUACAGACAGGUUUUUGUUUUUACUAUCUGCUUCUGCUUGUACAUAAAUGCAACACUUUGUGGACGUUCAGCAAGACCAUUUGUACUCCCUGGCGAUGAAAUGUAAGUCUUCAUUUCACCAAUCUUUUGGUUUUUCAGGUGAUAGUUGGUUUUUGGUGAUUAAUUUUGAUUGGCACAAACAUGCUUGAGGAAAUUUCCCAAUUAAUUGCUUUUAUGAACUGAAUGUACGACUAAAUUGUUAAUUUAAAAAUUGUAUAAUGAAGCUGUUUUUGAUUCCCCCCUUUUUUUAUGUAUAACCGUGUCAACCAUAAAGAACUUACUUGCACAUCUGUCUUUGACAGGUUUUAGGGUUAGUUUACAGUAAUAAUCACCAUCGGCGAAAAGAAAAAGAGAAAAAGAAUUACUCCCAUUUUUAAAUAAGAUGUCUGCUUUCAUCUCAGAAUACAUCAAAUUUAUAGCACUUUACUUCAAGAGUAAGGAUGUCAUGGUCUUCAACGGCCUCAUUGGUUUAGGAACGGUGGUUGGUCAGACAGCAUACAACAUCUUAGCUUUUAACUGCCCGUGUGCACCAAAGAAGAACUACCUGUACGGCCUGGCAGCCAUUGGCGUCCCAGCCCUGGCUUUCUUUGUCAUUGGGAUAAUGCUGAAUCAAAAUACCUGGGACAUGGUGUCAGAGUGCCGGACCAGAAAAUGCAGAAAAUUAUCGGUGACUGCUGCUUUUGCUCUGCUGGGCUCCAUCGUGGGCAGAGCAGUGGUUGCUCCUGUCACCUGGACUGUAAUUUCCCUCCUGAGAGGAGAGGCGUAUGUCUGUGCUUUCAGUGAGUUCAUGAACCCCUCGUUCUUGGCAGACUUCUUUUCAGCUACGCCUGGUCCAGAAAUCAUGGCCCGGUUUCCAUGCAAAGAUGUGCCUUCUCCAUUUCUGAACUAUUCAGGAGAGGUCGAACGCAAGUUAAAGUACGAAUCCCAGCUUUUGGGCUGGUUGCUGGUGGGAAUCAUCUCCCUCAGUGUCUUUCUCCUCCUCUGUCUGAAAAACUGCUGCUCUCCGCUUGGCUACCAUCAGGAGGCGUACUGGACCCAGUACUGCUCCAGCGAACAAGACCUGUUCCAGCGCACGGCUGAAGUGCAUGCUAAAUACCACGCGGCCGAAAAUGUCAAAAAAUUCUUUGGUUUUGUGUCCUUGCAAGAUCAGGAGAAGCAGCUUUUAGCAGACUGCAAGGGAAUCAAGAGCUCGAUUCCCAGACUGGAGUGGAACCGCGUCACUGGGGUUUACAUGUACAGAGAGAUCGAGGACACUCCGGUGUACAGCCGCCUGAACAAAUGGGCCAUGUACACAAAUGAACAUGACUGUUAAGGAAUUAACAAAGAAAUAAACAUUUUAUCCUUUGAGCCUGACAAAUUAGCGUCUAAUAAUAAGAAACACCCCAGAAAU